UGUAAAAACCAAACAAAUUUCAAAAAGAGAUUUUAUUUGCUGACAAAAUUAGAGUAGUUGUGCUUUUCUAGUUCUGUUGAUUUUCUAAGGAUCUAGAUACAUCCGGUUUCCAAUAUAAUAUCAUUCCAGGAAACGGUUCAGAAUGACACAUUAUCUCACAUUUCUUGAUAUUUAUUCUUUGCUUGGACUUGGACUUGCAUUAGAUGUCUUUACCGUUACAAAUGAAAAGAAUAAUGAUUUGGUGACAAAACAACACCAGAUGAAUAAUUCCAUGGAUACAUUUACCAAUCUUUCUGAUGUUACGAAUGAGUUUGAAAGUCUGGAGAACUGGAGUAGACAAUGUAAUAUAUCACAAACUGGUCAAACUGACUUUAACAUUGUGUGUAUCGUUAAGAGUGAUUCAAGUAUAAAGUUAUCAGAAUUUAAAAAUUUUACCUAUCGAGUAUCAUCAAAUAUCAGAUUUGACUUAUCCGUCACAUGUGAAGACGGUAUCAUACACUUUCCCUGGCCGUUCAGAGCAGACAAACUAAAUAGAAUUUAUAUCAAAGACUGCAGAAUUAAGGAUUACAGAACUGAAUACAAGAAUCCAUUGAUAGACAGCAUUCCCGACACAAUAAAAUAUCUACAAAUGGAGAACGUUACAAUCAUUCAAAAGAUCAGAGAAAUAUAUGACUCAAUGUCAAAAGCUAACUCGCCUAUAACAAGAGCUGCAGAAUGCGGACCGGAAAAUGCUUUUUCAAUAAUAAAGAGAAGAAUAAAGAUUAUCUUUGAAGAUAUGCACAACUAUGAUUUAUUUAUUGAUUUCGGCACUGUAAUGAAGCAGUAUAAUCAUUAUUUUAACACUCAGAAGAGAAGCUGUUUGUACAAAAACCUUGAGGUUUUUGAAAUGAGUGGAAUGAAGGAUUUAAAAAAAAAUGAUGUCAAUAAGAUUGUUCAUACUGACGUUGCAAAAAAUCUUAAAAUUUUAAAUUUUUCUUAUAAUGGUAUGUUUGACACUUUUUAUAAACUACAAGGCUGGCGACUACGAUUCCCAGUGAUGGAAUAUAUAGACUUUUCCAAUAAUAACGUAAAGGUUCUUCCAAUGAUACGAGAUUACGGAAUGAGUGUGAAAGAGACAAAAUCAGUCGGUAUAAUAGAUUUACGGCGUAAUGAUAUAACUUCAUUAACAAAAGGUAUGGUAGACUCGUUCUCAACUCACGCAUUUUUUAAAGUCGAUAUCAGUGAAAAUCCGUUCUUAUGUGACUGUGGAAUAAUUGAAGUAAUUGAAUAUCUAUCUUCAAAGACUAUGCCAAAAGCUUAUGAUUACCUCGGGUCGCUAGAGUGUGCAAAUCCCACAAAUGUCCGUGGACGUCAGCUGUUAAGUCUGUCUCUUACAGAACUAAACUGUAACAAGGAAACGUUCAUCAAUUUUCCAAUAGUCGUUAUGAGCAUCAUAACAAUAACAUUUUUCGUAAUCAUUUUGCUUGUAAUCUAUUUAAGAGAUCUGUUCAAGAUCAUUUUAUUUACUCGACUCAAUAUUAACUGUCCGUGUGAAUUCAAAAAUGACAUAAACGAAGAGAAAGACUAUGAUGCAUUUAUUGCCUACAGCGAGAAAGAUGCUGACUGGGUUAUACGUACAGCUUUACCAAAGUUGGAGUCAGAUGACGCUGGGAAAGCAUGCAGACUCUGUCUUCAUCAUAGAGAUUUUGUAGUUGGUAAUACUAUAGCUGAUAAUAUAUUCAACAGUGUUGGAAACAGCCAUCAUACAAUUUUACUUGUAUCCAGUGAGUUCUUGAAAAGUGAAUGGUGCAUGAUGGAGUUUCGAACGGCUUUGAGGAAAAAUUUGCACGAUAAAGGUCGUCAUUUAAUAAUUGUGUUGAAGGGUAAUAUAACUUUGGAUAAUGUUGAUCCUGAUUUGAAAAGUUUUCUCAAUUCACAUACCUAUCUUAAAAUUGGAGAUGUGUUAUUUUGGGACAGACUGAAAUAUGCAAUAUCAUUACGAAAUAACACAAGACAAAAUAAUUAACAAAACGUCUUUGUACAAAUAACUGCUCGUGCGCGGUUGUGUGUGUCGUUGAGUGUUUUGUUGAAGGUUUUUAUACAGUUACAACUACGAUAUGUAUCCUAACGAAGAUAACUUAUUACUUUCUCGUUUAAUAUGGUGAAACACAAACCCUCUUAAGAUGUUGUUUAACCUUCAUUUAUU